CACACACACGCACUCAGUACUCGUUCACUCGCUCGUUCGUUCGUUCGUUCGUUCGUUCGUACGCUCGUUCGUUCGUACGGUCGUUCGUUCGUUCGCUCGCUCGCUCGCUCGCUCGCUUGCUAGCUAGCUAGCUAGCUCGUUCACUCUUCCGCCGUCGGUCUCUAUCGUUUUCUUCUUCUGUCUCUCGUGCGCCCGCCAUUGAAGUAAUCAAGUAACUGCGAUGUGUGAUAAUACUAACACGACGACGCAGAGUAUAGCGGACUACCUGUCACAGUUACUAAAGGACAGAAAGCAGCUAGCUGCUUUCCCAAAUGUCUUCAUACACGUAGAACGACUGUUGGACGAAGAGAUAGCAAAGGUGAGGGCGAGCCUUUUCCAAAUCAGCGGCGUCAAAAAGGAGCCGCUGGUUUUGCCAGAACCCGAAGGCGAGGUCACAACGCUUAUGGAGAAGGUUUAUGUGCCGGUCAAAGAACAUCCAGACUUCAAUUUCGUUGGAAGGAUUUUGGGUCCUCGCGGAAUGACGGCGAAACAAUUGGAACAGGAAACCGGUUGCAAAAUAAUGGUACGAGGAAAAGGUUCGAUGAGGGAUAAAAAGAAGGAGGAACAAAAUCGGGGUAAACCUAAUUGGGAACACCUAACAGACGAAUUGCAUGUUCUAUUGACUGUCGAGGAUACAGAAAAUCGUGCGACCUUGAAGCUUGCUCGAGCCGUUGAGGAGGUCAAGAAGCUUCUCGUGCCCGUGCAGGCUGACGGUGAAGACGAGCUAAAAAAGAGGCAACUGAUGGAACUCGCCAUUAUAAAUGGUACCUAUCGAGAUUCCAAUACGAAGGUUGCCGCAGCUGCAGCCUUUGACAUUGCAGCCUGUGACGAGGAAUGGAGACGCGUGGCUGCGGCCGCAGCGGAAACGCAACGUCUUUUGCCUGGCUUGGCGACACCAAUGAGAACACCAAGUGCUCCAUUGGGAGCACCGUUGAUACUAUCCCCAAGGAUAUCGGUGCCAACCACUGCAGCAUCCUUGCUUAAUGGCUCGGGUCCCCCAGGAUCUCUUCUAUCAGCUGGUGAUCCACAUGGACUGAUCUAUACACCUUAUGCGGACUACGCCAAUUAUGCUGCGUUAGCAGCCUCGCCACUUCUCACCGAGUACGCCACUGCGGACCAUUCUGGUGCAGCAGCCGCUGCGAAGCAGCGUAGGCACCUGGGUCAGAUUCGUGAGCACCCUUAUCAAAGGGCUGGCGCUCUCUCGUGAAUUCGCAGAGAGCACAGAGAGUACUGUUUACGCCUACGCGCGGAAAGGCUUGGAGUGCUAACAAUGGAAUCCACUCGCCCCGUGCUAACACCUGGACUCUGGAACAGCAUCCGCGCGUUCGAUCGAUUCAUCAACCAGCCGACACCACCUUCGCCGUCCGCGUCACCAGCCCUGUUCGUCAAGCUUAUCCAUCCUGUAUCCUCUUGAUGUUCAAACAAAUUCGUAUUUUUCGUUAAUAGAUUAGAUAGUUAGAGAGAUAGACAGAUAGUCUAAUUAGUUAGUUAGUUAGUUAGUUAGUUAGUUAGUUAGUUAGUUAGUUACUUAGUUAGUUAGUUAGAUAGAGAGUUAGAUAGAUAGGUAGAUAAAUGCAUACAUACAUACAUAUAUACAUACAUACAUAUCUAUCUACAUAUACACAUACAUAAAUAUAUGUAUUUGAUUAGGAAGAAAAGUUCGUAGAGUUUUGCUAUGAUCGCGGUGUAUGAAGAAAAAAAAAAAUAAGAAAGAAGAAAGAAAGAAAGAAAAAGAAAAAGAAAAGGA